CGACCUUCACUGUACAACCUUUGACCUUGUAUGGAAGUUCAUGUUGUGAUCCUCGGGACGCUCAUCGGGUGAUCUGGUUGUUUACAAGACAUUUGGUUGUUUUUGCAAGUUUGAUUUAAUCCUGUUCAAGUUCUGCAGAUGAUGAAAUAUCACAAGUCAGGUUGGGUGUGAGGGUGGCGUGCCCUGGCAAGCAGCAUGACAGCCAACAGUUAUGCCCGGAGCAUCGAACUACCAACAGAGAGCAUAUUUAGAAACCUCAAGCAUGCUCGGAGAUUUGCUAUUGAUAUAGGAGGCUCCUUGGCUAAGCUGUCCUACUGUUCUACAGUCAGCAGAAGGACGUCUAUGGUGUUUGAUGAACCAGAACAGGAUGAUGCCAGUCACAUCUACAACAUCUCUGAAACAGAUGAAGUGAUCGUUCGACUACAUUUUGUCAAGUUUGAAACCAAGUACAUAGAGACAUGCCUGGACUUCAUACAGGGAAACUUGAUCCAGUCCAAGGACUUCAUGAAGGACAAGUGUAUCAAGGCAACGGGAGGAGGGGCGUAUAAAUACAAGGACCUGAUCACCAGCAAGCUGGGAGUUCAGGUUGACAAGGAAGAUGAGAUGGAUUGUCUGAUCUCUGGGUGCAACUUCCUCCUCAAAAACAUCCCUGACGAGUCCUUUGUGUACCAGCGUCAUGGCAACCCAGACUACAAGUUCCAGGGAGUCAGCACCGACAUCUUCCCCUACCUGCUUGUCAACAUUGGCUCUGGUGUCAGUCUUAUCAAGGUGGAGUCUGAGAACAAGUUUGAGAGGAUCGGUGGGACGUCGACGGGAGGUGGGACCUUCUGGGGGCUGGGCUCACUCCUCACAGAGGCAAAGAGUUUUGAUGAGUUGGUUCAGCUGGCCGAAAGGGGAGAUCACCGUUCAGUGGACAUGCUGGUCAAGGACAUCUACGGGGGCGCCUACACCAGCAUAGGUCUUCCUGGAGACAUCAUCGCCAGCAGCUUUGGGAAAGCAGCACGUUCCCCUAAAGACAAGAAUACCAAGAGUUUCAAGGAGGAGGACUUGGCUCGUAGCCUGCUCCUGUCCAUCAGUAAUGACAUCGGUCAGAUUGCCUACCUUCAUGCCAAGAUUCAUAACCUCAAGAAGAUAUACUUUGGUGGCUAUUUCAUCCGUGGUCAUCCCAUGACUAUGCACACUAUAACUUUUGCCAUCAACUACUGGUCCAAGAAAGGAAUCCAGGCGUUGUUCUUGAGACACGAGGGUUACCUGGGUGCUAUUGGCGCCUUCCUCAAAGGCGAGGAGGAAGAGGACACUGAGAGGUAUUCGUGGGGAGAACACUUUCCAGGCAGUUCUGGCCUUGUCAGCCCAAAACAGAAGAAUUUCGACAUGGCCAUGAGCAGGAGCUCACUGUUUGACCACCUUGAGAUAGACCGCCUGGAACGUCCCCUACUACCGUGCACACUGCUACUGGACGUAAACAGCUACUACCCCGACACUGUAGAUCUCACUAAAGAUGCAGAAGCCAGGGAAUAUUGGCUGGAGUGCUUUUCUCAGGGAGCGGACAAGAGCAAGCUGCAAGCUAUAAAGAGCCAGCCUAGCUCACCCGAUGCUGUGGAAAGGGCAGAAAAAUUCAAGUCCAGAUACCUCGACAGACUCAGUGUGCUCAAGGCAAACCCAUGUUGUUUUGGGUCUCUGAAUGUUCGGACCUUGCUGGAUACAAGCAGUCAGUUCCUGUCCGAGCUGGAAUUCACGGACCCCUUUUCCCAGCAGAAGCAGUUUGAGAAUGAGCAAGCUCUGAAGUCGUUGGACGGUCAUCUGAAUCACUUGGAUAGUCUGUCCUGGGAUGACAGACAGCUGGCACUAGCCAAGGGUCUACUGGCGGGGAAUGUGUUUGACUGGGGAGCAAUGGAGGUCAGGAAGAUCAUGGAGACCCAAGUCUUUGGCUUUGCUGAUGCUCAGGAUAAACUGCAAGAGCGGCCAUGGCUGUUUGACAACUUUGACCUGUGGAAGGCUAGAUUGUCUCGGUCCCCGCCCCACAAGUGUGCAGCCAUCUUCUGUGACAACAGUGGGGCUGAUAUCAUUCUGGGUGUGAUUCCUCUCACCAGAGAGCUGCUGUCUCGAGGAACCAAGGUGAUUCUGUGUGCUAACUCUCGUCCCACCCUGAAUGAUGUUACGUUCAGCGAACUGCAGCUCAUCACCAAACAUGUGGCGGCAAUAUCAGGGGAGAUAAACCAGGCUCUCACAGAAGGAAGACUGCUAAUUAUGGAAUCAGGUCAAGGUUCACCAUGUUUAAAUCUCAGGUUGAUAGACCAAUGUCUUGUGGACACCAUCAAAACCAUGGAAACAGAUCUGAUCAUCAUUGAAGGCAUGGGGCGAGCAAUCCACACAAAUUUUCAUGCAGCCUUCUCCUGUGAAUGUCUGAAAGUAGCUGUGAUAAAGAACCGUUGGUUGGCGAACCGCCUCGGUGGUGAUAUGUUCAAUGUGAUGUUCAAGUACGAGAGGUCGCGCCGUGUGUCGGCGUCAAAUGCCUCAUGACAACAGCCAGGCUUGUGUUCAUGUGAUAUGAUUUUAACUAUGGUACUCUCGAAAAAUCAAACCUCUGAGGGUAUUUUAUGGCAGAAGACUCAAGAUACAGAAAUGAAAGAAAUGUAUGAUUGAAAAUUUAUCCAGAAUAAAAAAUAUAUGUCAGUAUUG